AUGGGCAGCCUCGGCGGCGACGCGGAGCCCCAGCCGCAGCCGCAGGGCGCGGGGCGGCGGCCGCGGUUCCUGUGCCUGCACGGGUUCCGCACCAGCGCCGAGAUCAUGCGCAAGCAGGUGCUCGGCAAGUGGCCCGCCGACGUCACGGCGCGCCUCGACCUCGUCUUCGCUGACGCGCCGUUCCCCGCCGAGGGCAAGUCCGACGUCGACGGCAUCUUCGCCCCGCCCUAUUACGAGUGGUUCCAGUUCGCCAAGAGUUUUAUGGAGUACAGGAAUUUCGACAAGUGCUUGGCCUACAUCGAAGAGCUGAUGAUAAAAGAUGGCCCCUUCGAUGGAUUGAUGGGUUUCUCCCAGGGUUCCCUUCUGUCUGCGGCGCUUCCAGGGCUCCAAGAACAAGGGCUGGCCCUGACUAGAGUCCCGAAGAUCAAGUACCUCAUCAUCAUCGGUGGCGCCAAGUUCCAGUCCCCGACGGUGGCCGAGAAGGCGUACGCCAACAAGGUGGCAUGCCGCUCGCUUCACUUCAUUGGUGACAAUGACUUCCUGAAAGUACACGGUGAAAAGCUCAUAGAAUCAUGCGUGGACCCAUUCGUUAUUCGUCACCCAAAGGGCCACACAGUUCCAAGGCUCGAUGACAAGAGCCUAGUGGUCAUGCUCCGUUUCCUUGAGAAGAUUGAGGGGGAGGUACUUGAGUAUUCAUCCAAAGAUGUCAACGAAAAUGAAGAAGUGUGCUUGUGA